CUCCUCAGAGAGUUUCAUAGUGGUCGGGGUUAGACGAGUGUGACGGGGGUCUGAAGUUUUGUGGGUGCGUAUUUGGAAGCGGGGAGCUGCUUUCAUGAUAUUUGCGCACAGGCUGACUGAGGAUUAAGCAGUUUGAUUGUGCUUUUUGUGGCCUGAACGCACACUGAAAAGUACUUUUACUAAAUACUAAUUGUUUUUUUUUUUUUUUUUUCCAUUCCUUUGACUUCAGUGUUGUUACAGGUGACUUUUGGAUUCUAUUUGUGCGGAAAUCUCUGUCGGACUUUUACCAUGAAUGCGCUCCGGAGAGUGCGUCUGGGUGCUUGUGCGCUCCUGCUCCCCCUGUUGCUGUUACUAGACUCCGGUGCAGCCCAGGUUACCGGGGAAGAAUGCUUAACCCGGUUUAAAGAGGGCCAGGAGGACUUUGUUCUCGAUGGUGAUGAGUCUGUAAAGGACGGGGCCACUUUUCUUUCGUCUCCUCCACUGACGCGCUACAGGGACUGCGUGGCCUCCUGCUGCAAAGACCCCAGGUGCAAUGUCGCCUUCAUGCAGAAAGGAUCCGAGGAGGGCCUGGUCAACUCCUGCUUUCUCUUUGACUGCUUGUAUAAAAAGCAAUACGUCUGCCGUUUUGUCAGAAAGAAAGGAUACAUCAACUACAUCCUGGACUCCGUUUAUGACAGUUAUCUUAAUGUGUACACCUCUCCAGAUCAAAGUGACCAUCCACCAGUAGCCAACGGAGGCCUGGACCGUGUGAUUCAGCCCCAGGACAGUGUGACAUUGAAUGGUAUCACAAGCAAAGAUGACAACAAGAUUGCAUCUUAUCAGUGGCAACUGAUAACUCCAUAUUCUUAUGCUAUCAUCGAGAAAACAAAUUUUGAAGAUCAGAUUAUUGUAUCCAAUCUGACAUCAGGCAUAUACAAGUUCCAGCUGACGGUCACAGACAACAUCGGUCAGUCAGACUCCACCACUGUCACUGUCCUGGUUCUUACUCCAGAACAGUCAGAAGACCACUGUAUGGUUCCAAUGAAGAUUGGACCAUGUCGGGGUUCAUUCCCUCGCUGGCAUUACAACGCUGCUUCAGAAAAAUGUGAGCAAUUCUCAUUUGGAGGCUGCAGGGGGAAUCACAACAACUAUCUCACCCUGGAGGAGUGCGCCAACGCCUGCUAUGGAACAGAAAAAAUAGAGAAAACUGGUAGAGGCUUGCCAAUUCCUACACCUCCAGCUGAAAAAUGUGGUGCUCCAUGUACAGCAGACCAGUUCACUUGUGCAAACCAGUGCUGUUUGGAUCGCACGCUGGAGUGUGACUCGACUCCACAGUGCAGUGACGGCUCAGAUGAAAACAACUGUGAGGACUUGGGCAGAAAUUUUGAGAUUCUGUUGCAGAUUCCAGUAGAUGAACAGAAAGUUCGCUGCACAGAGCCCCCUGAUACAGGAAACUGCAGGGACAGUCUCAGUAAGUGGUACUACAACCCACUGCAGCAGGACUGCUCCCUCUUCAACUAUGGUGGCUGCCUCGGGAAUGAAAACAGAUUUAACACCAAGGAACAGUGUAUGAAAGUCUGCCGGGGAGUAACAGAAAAGGACGUAUUUGCAAGAAAGGAGUCGUUUGAAAGCCAGACAGGGAGCGAGACAGGUAUUAUAGCGAUUGCCGCUCUUCUGGCCGUAGCUAUCCUUAUCCUCCUCUGCAUCCUGGUGUACUGCCUCUUAAGGGGAAAGAAGAAUGUACAACACCACCGAGUGCCCGUCAACACCGCCCCGGUCACCUCAGUGGAGGACAGAGAGCGUCUGGUCUACAACAGCACAACCAAACCCAUCUGACCCCUGAGCCCUCACCUUUGACCCCUUCCUUUCCCAGUUGUGAAUGACACAGGGUUUUAUUUAUAGCUGUGUCUCAUACUGAACGAACUCAGAUUGAUGAGAGGAAACACUGUGGAUGUGUGAAUGCUUGAAGGGCCACACUUUUCUUUUGUUCAUACAUUUACGUGUCUUUUGAGGGUUGUUGCACACAGAAGUUAGAAUGCGUUUAGUUAUGAAAUUUGUUUUAAGCUUUUUGUUAAUUCAGUAAAAUGUCAUUGUCAUUGCAUAACAGUUUGUACUCAGGUUGAAAGGGAAGGAAUGUGUAGGAUUUUACCACUGGAGCUGAUUGAUGUUUCCACAGGACCAGUUAAAGCUUCCAAUAAACAGUGUGCUUAUUUUAAAAUAUAGCUGGUCUGUUACUUCAAAGUAUAUAUUUUUUUCCUUUAAAACUGAGCUCUUAAUACUUCUGUGGAUAUGUAUUGCUAAUGGUGAUCCAUCACUGGAACCAUGCCAUGACAGUUUUUUCAGUCACUUUGGUUUUUAACCCAUUUUCCACUUCAUUGUUACCCACUGUAUUUGACUGCAGAUACAGGUGUAAUGUAUAUAAUAUUAGAAUUUUAAGAAAAUAAUGUUUUAUUUGAAAAGCUAAUUCUGUUUAUAAAGUGUUUAGGAUCAAGUGUAAUGCUUAUUCAUCCAUUUUAAAGAGCUGCCUCGAUUAAACACACUUUAAACCUCUCAAAUGUUUGUACAUAUCACCUAUUACAGAUUUAUCUGACGUUUUACAAUAAUACCAUAAUACUGAAUAAAAAUAUUAAAUUGAUGAAU